GCAGUAGAAGCCACGAGUGGUGGCAUAGAGAGAGAGAGAGAGAGCUUGAACAGUAUAAUAAUGGAGGAGGGCGAGGAGGUUGUUUCUGACAAAACAUUGUUGAUAGAGGAUUUGUAUGUCAACGUGCAAAAAGAAGAGACAUUGGCCAUCUCCAAGAACUUAUGCCAUGAAAAUGGAGUCUCUGCUGAGACAGAUUCAGACCGCACGAGUGGAGAUGACGGUAGAUUGGAAUCUGACGAUAAUGAUCCGAUUCAUCCACAAAUCCCGGGAUGGUUCGCCGAGCACAGCCCCUUGUGGCCAGGUCAAGCUCAUUUCAUGAAGGUGGAAAAGAUACUAUUUCAAGGGAAGUCUCAAUACCAGAGUAUGAUGGUUUUUCAGUCAUCAGCAUAUGGGAAGGUAUUUGUGCUUGAUGGGGCACUUCAACUGACUGAGAAAGAUGAAUGUGCAUACCAAGAAAUGAUCACUCACCUCCCACUCUGCUCCCUCCCUAACCCUCAAAAGGUGUUGCUUAUCGGGGGAGGAGAUGGUGGUAUCUUGAGGGAAAUUUCUCGUCACUCUUCAGUCCUUCAUAUCGACAUAUGCGAGAUUGACAUGAUGUUGAUCGAUGUGUACAAGGAGUUCUUUCCAGACAUAGCAAUUGGAUACGAAGACUCGCGUGUAAAUCUUCAUGUCAUGGAUGGAUCUAAAUUCUUGACUUCUGCACAAAGAGGAACGUAUGAUGCUAUUAUCGUUGACGCCUUUGACCCAAUAUGGCAGGGGCAUGAGAUUUUCGAAGGCUCGUUCUUGAAGCUAGUAAGGGAAGCUCUCCGACCGGGAGGAAUCAUGUGUAUUCAAGCCGAAAGCCUGUGGUUUCCUUCUCUCAGCAUCCCCAAACUGAUCGCCAACUGCAGGCAUAUAUUCAAGGGCUCCGUUAGUUAUGCUUGGACAUUGGUCCCAUCGUAUCCGAGUGGAACGAUCGGAUUCAUGUUGUGCUCCACGGAGGAGCCAUGUGAUGUGGACUUCACCCACCCCAUUAACCCCAUUGACAAUGUUGAUGCCAAUAACCAUCAUGGCGUUGCCAGGGGACCCUUGAAUUUUUACAACUCCGAGGUGCACUCGGCUGCCUUCUGUUUACCAUCAUUUGCAAUUGCAAGGAAUGAUGAUUGAUCAAAGUGUGUGGGGGAUUUAUACAUAAAAGAGUUUUCCAUUAAUUCACCCUCAAGAGAGAGAGAGAGAGAGAGAGAGAGAGUUUUCCAUUAAUUUUACGUCCGGUGGGGGCUCUCCGUGAGCCACGGCUCCGACACGGUGGACCAUCGGCAACAGGGCGAUGUGAUGAGAUCUGCUGACGGCCAACUGGAUCGAAUUAGUGGCACUGACCUCUAUGCACCCGACAGUGAUCUUCCCCCAGUGCUCUAGACAUCAUCAUUUUGUUGGAGAUAUACAUGUUGGAAAAUUAAUUUGAUCUACCGAAAAAUGUCUUUAGGAUUGAUAAGAUUUUUCAUUUUUUGGGAGUGUUUCAUGGUUAAUUAUUAUCAUGCAUGUUUGAUUAUUGGUUUCGUCAUGAAAAAGGAACAUGAUUUAAUUGGAUUA